CAGGGACCCGCUCACCAGACCCAGCCAGGGGCCGCCCGUCUGCCUGUUUGGAUCCUGCCUUUGAUGACACCUGGCAAAAGGCUACCAUGGAGGGGGAUGGUUCAGACUCGCUGGUAUGCUAAAUAUAGAUUCAUAGCACCUGAAGUUUGGGAUCCGUGGGGAAAAACUACACAGGCAAAGAAUGGGAAAACUGGUAUGAGGUCAUUAGACCUUUUUAGUUGUGAUGAGUCUAAAUAAUAUUGAAAGAGAGCUCAUUUGCCCGGCAUGCAAGGAGCUGUUUACCCACCCGUUGAUUCUCCCUUGUCAACAUAGUAUCUGUCAUAAAUGUGUAAAAGAACUCUUACUGAUGCUUGAUGAUUCAUUCAAUGACGUGGGAUCAGACAACUCCAAUCAGAGCAGUCCUCGACUUCGGCUUCCCUCCCCUAGCAUGGAUAAAAUUGACAGAAUUAGCAGACCAGGCUGGAAGCGCAAUUCAUUGACCCCUAGGACAACUACUUUUCCGUGUCCUGGCUGUGAGCAUGAUGUGGAUCUUGGAGAACGGGGAAUCAACGGUCUGUUUCGAAAUUUCACUUUGGAAACUAUUGUUGAAAGAUAUCGUCAGGCAGCCAGGGCAGCCACAGCCAUUAUGUGUGACCUUUGUAAACCACCACCUCAAGAAUCCACAAAAAGUUGCAUGGACUGUAGUGCAAGCUACUGCAAUGAAUGCUUCAAAAUUUAUCAUCCUUGGGGUACUGUAAAAGCACAGCAUGAAUAUGUGGGCCCAACUACGAAUUUUAGACCCAAGAUUUUAAUGUGCCCAGAACAUGAAACGGAGAGAAUAAACAUGUACUGUGAAUUAUGUAAGAGGCCAGUUUGUCAUCUCUGUAAGUUGGGUGGUAAUCAUUCCAACCACCGUGUAACCACUAUGAGCAGUGCCUACAAAACCUUAAAGGAAAAGCUUUCAAAAGAUAUUGAUUACCUUAUUGGCAAGGAGAGCCAGGUGAAGAGUCAGAUUUCUGAACUGAACUUGUUAAUGAAAGAAACGGAGUGUAAUGGAGAGCGGGCUAAAGAAGACGCAAUUACACAUUUUGAAAAGCUCUUUGAAAUCCUAGAAGAAAGGAAAUCAUCUGUUUUGAAGGCAAUUGAUGCUUCUAAGAAACUAAGAUUAGACAAAUUUCAGACUCAAAUGGAAGAGUAUCAGGGGCUGCUAGAGAACAACGGACUCGUGGGAUACGCUCAAGAAGUGCUGAAGGAGACAGAUCAGUCUUGCUUUGUUCAGACCGCAAAACAGCUCCACCUCAGAAUACAGAAAGCUACAGAAUCUUUGAAGAGCUUUAGACCUGCGGCUCAGACUUCCUUUGAAGACUAUGUUGUUAAUACAUCUAAACAAACAGAACUUCUUGGAGAAUUGUCCUUUUUCUCUAGUGGCAUAGAUGUGCCAGAGAUCAAUGAGGAACAGAGCAAAGUUUAUAACAAUGCUUUGAUAAAUUGGCACCAUCCAGAAAAGGAUAAAGCUGAUAGCUAUGUCCUCGAAUACCGGAAGAUUAAUAGAGAUGAAGAAAUGUUGUCUUGGAAUGAGAUAGAAGUGUGUGGCACAAGUAAAGUCAUUUCCGAUCUUGAAAGUAAUUGUAACUAUGCUUUCAGAGUAAGAGCCUACAAGGGUUCAAUCUGCAGUCCUUGCAGCAGGGAAUUGAUUCUUCAUACUCCUCCAGCUCCAGUUUUCAGUUUCCUUUUUGAUGAAAAAUGCGGCUACAAUAAUGAACACCUCUUGCUGAACUUGAAGAGAGACCAUGUAGAGAGCAGAGCUGGAUUUAAUCUUCUGCUUGCUGCAGAGCGGAUCCAAGUGGGUUACUACACAAGCUUAGACUACAUCAUUGGAGAUGUUGGAAUUACAAAAGGGAAGCACUUUUGGGCCUUCCGUGUAGAACCAUAUUCAUACCUGGUAAAAGUGGGAGUUGCUUCCAGUGAUAAACUACAAGAAUGGCUCCGGACUCACCGGGAUACAGUUAGUCCAAGAUACGAGCAAGACAGUGGGCAUGACAGCGGAAGUGAGGAUACCUGUUUUGAUUCUUCACAACCCUUUACGUUAGUUACUAUAGGCAUGAAGAAAUUUUUUAUUCCCAAGUCACCUACUUCUUCUAAUGAACCUGAAAAUCGAGUUCUCCCCAUGCCAACAAGUAUAGGGGUUUUCCUCGACUAUGAUAAAGGCAAAGUGGGUUUCUAUGACAUGGAUCACAUGAAAUGCCUUUAUGAGCGCCAAGUGGACUGUUCGCAUACUAUGUACCCAGCAUUUGCAUUAAUGGGCAGUGGAGGAAUUCAGCUUGAAGAACCCAUCACAGCAAAAUAUCUAGAAUACCAAGAGACCAUGUAGUUUAAGCAUCUGAUGUGACUUAGGAUAAAAAAUGUGAGCAAAAUAAUGCCUUGGUGUUAACCUUUGUAACUCAUUACAUAUCAUCUAAGUAUCCUGUCGCCACACUUGUUUUUUGUGUAUGUUUCUUCUUAAAACCGAAAGCCUAAACAGCCUUCCUGCCUUUCACAAACACCGGGAAAAAGGUACUUUUUCAUAGUUAACACUGAAAUGGUUAACUGGAUUAUCUUUUUAUGCACGGAAAAUCUAAUUUAUUUAUGUCAGCUUGUGUUGCUGAUACUUACAUUCCUGUUUCGGGGUUAGGGGAAGGGAUACAAAAGUAUUUAUUGUGCUUCUUUUGUGUUUGGUUUUUCAUUUUUAUAUCAUGUUUACGUCCUAAGAGAAGAUAUUUUUUAAAUGCCUUCUGGAUAGAAAUUAGUACUAAGCCUUGUGUUGUGCAUUCCUUUUUAAUGGGAAAACAAAGGUAUAGAUAGGUAAAAAAAGGCCAUAGAAACGGUAGUAUAUUUAAAUGAAAAAUUAUGUAUUUAAUAUUCAGAAUAUGUUGCCUGGAAAAUGAAUACUACUGUUUUGUUUUUUGAAGACCACAAACUGUAUUCUUAAGGACAUUUUUAAGAGUUCUCUUAGCUGUAAUGCCCAUACUUGCAUGUGUAGGAAACAUGGUUUCUUGCAGGAAACACAAAAUUCUUGGCUAAUAUACGAAGCUUUUCACUUCAUAUGAUUUUUUGGGAAAUUUUUUUUCUUCAAUUUUUUUUAGUUCCUCUAUGAAAAUAUUUGAGCUUAUAUCAAAUAAUUAUUUUUCAUAAAUAUUAGUGAAGAUACACUGAUAAUUGUCAUAUACUUUUGCUUUCUUUUUGUGUCUUGUAAUUUUCAUUCUUUGGCACAAAUAUUAUAUAUCAGAUUGUUCUGGUUUAUGUUCGCAUGUUUGAAAAGUUCUUGAUACAUUUUUAGUGUCAUUAAACAUAUUAUAAAAUGUGAAGUAACUAUCUGGUCAGUUGUAUGGCAUUUUCUAUGACUCAUUGGUAGUAAGCAUUUGUCAUAUAAGCAAGUAAAAAUACAAAUUUAAUUGUUUAGGAAUAAUAAUUAAAAUCAUAACGACUGUG